GACAAGUUCACUCUUGCACCAACGACAUUGUGUGUCAAGACUGGUGAGUUCGCAGUUGUUGUCGGCAGAAUCGGAAGCGGAAAGUCGUCCCUGUUAUCUGCUAUCUGCAGUGAGAUGCCGCUGGUUUCAGGCACAGGGUGCACAUACGGUCGGAUUGGGUAUGUCAGUCAGAAGCCAUGGAUCAUGAAUGGGACAUUCCGUGAAAACGUGCUGUUUGGCCAGGCGUUUGACGAGAAGUUCUACUGGCGCGUUGUCAAGGCGUGCGCACUAGCCCAGGAUGUCAAGCUGUUCCCGGCGCAGGAUUUGUCAGAGAUCGGACCGCGUGGUAUCAACCUGUCUGGCGGACAGAAGGUGCGGCUGGCACUGGCCCGUGCUAUUUACUCCCGCGCAGACAUCUAUGUUUUGGAUGACCUACUGGCGGCGGUUGAUGCACAUGUCGAGCGGCAUCUAAUCGAAAAUGUGCUUGUUGGCAGUGGAGUGAUCAGUGACAAGACGCGUAUCCUGGUCACACACGCCGAGCAUGUCGUCCCGCUGGCGGAUAAGGUCAUUGCACUGACAAACGGCGUAGCAGAUAUCGUGGAUCAGCAUCCUGUAGGCGUUUACUCAGAGCCCGCCAAAAUCGCCGUCAGAGGAUUAUGA